AAGGAGAGAGAGAGAGAGUUGGCUGAAGGCGUCGGACGACAGUAAGCUUUCUCCGUCGUCCUCCUCGUGUCAGGCAGGCAGGUAGGCUCUAAGGGAGGAAAAAGACGGUUUCCUGUUUGAAUUCAAUCAUGAUACAAUGGUUAAAUCAUCUUCGACUUGCAUUUGGGGCUUCUUUUCUAUGGCUCGUCUGCUCCAUUUACUUUACUCAGGGUUUCAGGUCCUUCGUAUGGACAGCAGUUUCUUACCAGCUAAAAGACAAGCUAGAGUUAUCACCCUCAGCCUCUCAAUUUGUGUCUACUGUUGCAUUUUUUCCUUGGAGCAUAAAACCAUUAUACGGAAUCUUGUCUGAUUGCAUUCCUAUUGGAGGAAGAAAAAGAAUACCAUACUUAGUCAUUUCGACUGUACUUUCUCUAUUUCCAUGGCUGGUGUUGGGACAGCUCUCGUCCCUAAGAGACUCAAAGGUUAACCUCAUGUCUUUAUUAAUGGUGCAAAAUCUUGGCUCUGCCAUGGCUGAUGUAGUGGUCGAUGCAAUGAUAGCUGAAGCUGUCAAAUUGGAAAGGGCCUCGUUUGCUGGCGAUCUACAGGCACUAUCUUGGAUGUCCAUGGCUGUGGGAGGAAUAUGUGGGAGUUUGUUAGGAGGAUACGCAUUAACUAACUUGAGGAUAAAUAAUAUUUUCCUUCUUUUCUCCAUUCUACCGGCUGUGCAGUUAUUUUCGUGUAUUUUCGUAGAGGAGAAAAAGGUACUAUCCACUUCAAGUGUUGUCACCACCCAUAUGAUGAAUGGAUCAUCAAAGUCGGAGGAUUUUGAGGUUGAGAAAUCGGCAUCCACUAUAUUAAGAAGAAAGAAAAGCGGUGCUGGUAAGAAGAAGAAUAAGAAAUCAAAACUUCCCAAGGACAGUUCAGUCAAAUUACAUUGGUAUCAAUCGCUCAAAACGGCUUGUUACAGUUUAUACCAAGCAUUCAGACAGCCAAUCAUCAUGAGAUCGAUGACUUGGUUUAUGAUAGCAAACGUGGCUAUACCAAACCUGUCAACAGUCAUGUUCUAUUAUCAGACGGAGUAUCUAAACUUGGAAGCAUCGUUUUUGGGUACAGCGCGUGUUGCGGGUUGGCUGGGACUAAUGCUUGGAACUUUUGUUUAUAACCGUUUCUUAAAGAACAUGAAACUCCGAAAAAUCCUCAUGUGGGCUCACGUUGGUGUGGCAAUCACAAAUCUGGUAGACAUAUUUUUAGUUUCUCGGGUGAAUGAAAGAUUCGGAAUAUCAGACAAAGCAUUGAUGUUAUGUGGAUCCACUCUUGCUGAUGCCAUUAAUCAAUUCAAGUUCAUGCCAUUUUUGAUAUUGUCGGGACAACUCUGUCCUCCGGGAAUAGAAGGGACUCUGUUUGCGCUGUUCAUGUCAAUAAACAAUCUGUCGUCGACAUUAGGAUCAUUUGCGGGGGCUGGUUUGGCAUCAAUCCUGAACCUGUCUUCUGGUUCUUUCGAGAAUCUUGUUCCGGGUCUUGCUAUACAAACACUUUGCACUCUUAUUCCAAUUGCUUUCUUAUUUCUUAUACCAAAAGAAGCCACAGGUAUAUCCACCUAGUUUAGUUUGUCAUCCAAACUUUCUCUUUGCGGUUUUGCAAGGGGAAAUGACGGGUAUUUUUUGACCAAACAUAUACAUGAAAGAAUAUGUACAGAGCUCUGCUAGCUCUUAUAUAUAAGUUAUGUUUUAAGAUCAUGUAAAAGUCAUUUGAUC